CCGACUUAAUCCUCAUUAUUCCACGCAUAUAUAAACCGUUUCUCAUAUUCCUAUUCAUUCAUUACAACAGUUUCUUCGUUUCAAACCCUAAUUAAUCUUCUCCGAUUUUUUUCCCUUCGUUCUCGCGACUUUUCAUCAAUCAAUGGCUCGUACAAAGCAAACCGCUCGCAAGUCCACCGGUGGUAAGGCUCCGAGGAAGCAACUCGCCACCAAGGCUGCUAGGAAAUCUGCUCCUACAACCGGAGGAGUCAAGAAGCCCCAUCGUUAUCGCCCUGGAACCGUUGCUCUUCGUGAGAUCCGUAAAUAUCAGAAGAGUACUGAACUUUUGAUCCGUAAGCUUCCAUUCCAGCGUCUUGUCCGUGAAAUUGCUCAAGAUUUCAAGACUGAUCUGAGAUUCCAGAGCCAUGCUGUUCUUGCGCUCCAGGAAGCGGCAGAGGCUUAUCUUGUUGGUUUGUUUGAGGAUACUAAUUUGUGUGCAAUUCACGCUAAGAGGGUUACCAUUAUGCCCAAGGACAUUCAGCUUGCACGCCGUAUCCGUGGUGAACGUGCUUAGGGUUAUGGGAUGUUAGUAUUCUGGGAAUUUAGGGUUUUAAUGGAUUUAAGUUUCUUUUAUGCGUUGUAUAGUUGAUAAGACAUAAUGAUCAUCUUUUUGCUAUAAGACAUGUAAUUUGAUGGAUGGCUAGUUAUUUUUGGGCGAAAUUUUUAUGUAAUCGGUCGAUUACAAUAUAUGUCUAUGCAACUAUAUUUCUUAA